GAAAACUAAGCGCACACACCAAAUAGCUCCUCUAAUGGCCCUUCAAUUAUUUGCUUCAUAUCCUAUUUGCUCUUUCACUAAACAGCCAUCAAGAACUUGUUCCUUUAGAUUACUCAAACUCGGCAAUAUUUUCAGUCCUCGUGGAUGCUUGGUGUCUCCAAAACUUGCCAAGAAAACUAUUGUGAGAAGAUCAGCAAAUUACCAACCUCCCAUUUGGGAUUUUUAUUUUGUGCAGUCACUGAAGAGUGAAUAUGAGGGAGAGGUUUACACAAACCGAACCAGUAAGCUGAAGGAAGAGGUGAGGCUGAUGCUUAAGCAAGCCAUGGAUCCUCUAGAUCAGCUCCAACUAAUUGACACCUUGCAAAGACUUGGAUUAUCUUAUCACUUUGAAGAUGAAAUAAAGAGAAUCUUACUGAGCAUUAGCAGCCAUAAUAAUACAGGGAUGAGGGAGGAUUUAUAUGCUACAGCUCUUGAAUUUAGACUCCUUAGACAACAUGGAUAUAAAAUACCUCAAGAGAUCUUCAAUAGUUUUCUAGAUGAGAUGGGAAGCUUCAAAGAGUGCCUAUGUGAGGAUUGGGAGGCAAUUCUCUCUUUGUAUGAGGCAUCAUUCCUUUCGGAGGAAGGUGAAAAUAUCUUGCAAAAUGCAAGAGAUUUUACAGCCACUUGUCUGAGGAAGUUUGUUCAACAGAGCCAAGACCAAAACCUAUCCAAGUUAAUAAGUCAUGCACUGGAGAUCCCAUUGCAUUGGAGAAUGCAAAGGUUGGAUACCAGAUGGUUUAUAGAUGCAUAUGAAAGAAAACAAGGCAUGAAUCCUCUUCUGCUAGAACUUGCUAAAUUGGACUUCAACAACGUGCAGAUAACUCAUCAGAAUGAUCUAAAACACAUGUCAAGGUGGUGGAGGAGUACAGGUUUAGGAGAAAAGUUGAGCUUUGCCAGAGAUAGAUUAAUGGAGAACUUCUUUUGGACAAUUGGGAUGAUAUUCAAGCCACAAUUCAGCAAUUUUAGGAGAAUGAUGACAAAGGUCAAUGUAUUAAUAACAACAAUUGAUGAUAUAUAUGAUGUGUAUGGUACCUUGGAUGAGCUUGAUUUGUUCACUGAUGCUGUUCAAAGAUGGGAUGUCAAUGCAAUGGAGCAGCUUCCACACUACAUGAAGAUAUGUUAUCUUUGUCUCCAUAAUUCCAUAAAUGAAAUAGCUUUUGAUGUCCUUAGAGAACAAGGAUUUUACAUUAUCCCCUACUUGAACAAAGCUUGGGCAGAUCUAUGCAAAUCGUACUUAUUGGAAGCUAAAUGGUAUCAUACUGGAUAUACACCAAGUUUACAAGAAUAUAUUAACAAUGCAUGGAUCUCUUCAUCAGGUCCUGUAAUCCUAAUCCAUACUUAUUUUCUUAUAAACUCUGCAAUCACUAAUGACGCCUUGACAUGCUUGGAAGAAUAUUCCAAUAUAAUUGGAUGUUCAUCCGUGAUUGUUAGACUUGCAGAUGAUCUUGCAACAUCAUCAAAUGAAUUAAAGAGAGGUGAUGUUCCAAAAUCAAUUCAAUGCUACAUGCAUGAGACUGGAGUUUCAGAAGCAAAAGCUCGUGAUCACAUUCGAUUUUUAAUCAGCGAGACAUGGAAUGAAAUGAAUAAAGAAAGAGCCUUAGAUUCUCCAUUCUCAGAAAAUUUUAUCAGUGCAGCAUUUGAUUUAGCUAGAAUAGCACAAUGCAUAUACCAGCAUGGAGAUGGACAUGGGAUUGGAAACUGUGAAACUAAGGAAAGAGUUGUAUCAUUACUUAUUCAACCAAUUCCUUGUAAGAUAUCAGCUGUGUAGCAGAUUGCUAAAUUUACUGGCUAAAUAAACUUGAACUAUAACGUUUGUCUAUUUAUAAAGGAGUGGUUAUUGUUCUUUAAUUCUCCCUAUUUAAUCUGUUUUUGGGGGGAAGGGCAUAAAUUAAAUUUAAUCUGUUUUGGUGACUGGUGUCGGAAUGGAAUCCAUGGACGAUAG